AAGGUCCGGGAGCUGGAGAAGAAGGCGGAGGUUCAGAGCCUGCGACACGAGGAGCUCCUGCUGGAGAUGCAGAGCCUCAAGCGCGGCCACGCCUCCCCCCGGGGCUCGUGGUCGCGCUCAGACUCCCUCAGUGUCGACCUGCACUCCCCUGACUCUGGGGACGCUACCCCAGAUUCAAGUCAAUUCUUAUCAAACGGUAGCACGGCUCGGUCCACCCCCGUCCCGUCAUACCACCACACACUAUCAGGGCUGGCCUGUGGCGACCUGCCCCCUUAUAUUGUGGCUAACCCUGCCACCGUCAACACUGUUGCUAGUCAGUCAGGAGUGACAUCGUUCAACUCGCUAUCAUCUGGUGUGUUCACGACGACCACAGCGUCGAGCCUCAACGCUGGGGGUGGACUUGGGGCUCUAGGCCGGGCUUCUCCAACCAUCCCAACCUCUACUGUCGAGGGCGGGACAAUGGCUAACGAAAUUGACAGAAUCAUGGCUAAAAUCGAACAAGAUAAUAAAAUUCUUGCCGAACUCGACAAAUCAAGAGCUACGAUUGGUCUUGGUAACGGAGGCAAUGGAGGACUUUCAUCAAUUUUGGGAACAGGAGGACUAUCAUCCAUGUCUUAUCCAAGCAACCUCGCUGCUUCCCUGAACCUAGCGGGAGUUCCUUUGAUGUCUCCCACCAACAACCCCAUCACUUCGGCCUCGUCAAGCUCUCUCAUCACUGGUCUUGAUCUCUCCACGCACAACUUGCACAACUCUUUGGGUAUAACGGACCAGCUUCUAGCUCAGUACGACGCUGCUGGUAUUGCCGCUGGUGUAUAUCCAGGACUCUCCAGACCUGGACCGUCCAGCAUGAUGGGUGGUACAACAUCUCUACCGAACCUGGGGAUCGUGAAUUCGAUGGGUGGUAGCCUCACCCCCGGCAGCUCAGGUCUUCUCAGCGGCUUCUCACUGCCCUCGGGUGCGAGUAACUUCCUCUCUGGCUUGACCAACAGCCUCACUAACCCUGGCUUCUCGAACCUCAAUCAUCUGCCUACGAUUAUCACCACCAACUUCGACAAGGAUGACAAGAACUUGCUCAACGGGAACCUGGAGAACCUUGGCCUACCUGCAGACUACCUGAGCGAAGGCUCCGUGCUAGACGUGCUCGAGAUCCCGGGCAAGGGAAGGUGUCAUGUCUACAUCGCCAGGUACUCGUACGACCCCUUCCAACACUCGCCCAACGACAACCCCGAGGCUGAGCUCGCCGUCAAUGCUGGCGACUACGUACUCGUGUGGGGCGCGAUGGACGAGGACGGUUUUUUCGACGGAGAGCUGCUGGACGGGCGCCGUGGACUGGUGCCGUCCAAUUUCGUGGAGAAGCUGGUGGGGGAAGACCUGAUCGAGUUCCACCAGUCCGUCGUGAUGGGGCUCAGGGACUGUGAUGAGUCUAUGUCCACGUCGGUGCCACAAGACCUCGACUACCUUUCCCAGGACGAUCCUCGUCUCAUGCUAGACGUAAAGGCUCCUGUAAAUUUUGUCAAAAACCUCUUCAAAGGCGUCACUGACCUUAUAGACGAGAAAACUCCAAGUCUCAUCCCGAGUAUGGACUUGGGCAAUUCGAUGUCGAGUAACCGUCCAAUGACCGGAGGUACCAGUGUACCUCACAGCUACACUCUUCCUAAUCUGGGCAUGAACUCUUCGUCUAUACGACAAUACAACAGCUACCUCGACCUCGAAGACAUUAUUGAGGAAGACGAACCCAUGGGAGAUCAAGACCUAUUCUUCUCGGUGCUAGUCCCUGCACCAGUACAACUCACUCUCGAGCGGCAACUCAACAAGAGUAUUCUCAUCGGAUGGAACCCUCCCGCCGACCUGCAACCAGGCACCCUCGAGUCCUAUCAUGUCUACGUCAACGGCUUCCUUAAGACCACUGUUAAGGCAUCCGAGAGAACCAGAGCGCUCGUUGAGGGCGUGGACUCUUCCAAACUUCACCGCAUCAGCGUACGGUCGGUAACCCCGAACCGUCGCACGUCUCGGGACGCCGCGUGUACGAUGGUCAUCGGCAAAGAUGCGCCUAUAGCGCCCACUGGAGUCAAGGCCUCGAGCAUCACAUCCACGUCCGCCGUCAUCUCCUGGCUGCCUUCCAACUCUAACUUCCAACACACCGUCUGCGUUAACAGCGUCGAAGUAAUGCUUUUGAUUAAGAAUCGUCUGAAGCUGAAUCUUUCAGGAUUGUCUCCUAACACGACUUACCGCGUGAGCAUCAAGGCGAGGAACCUCCGAGCUCCCCAGUUCGACGAGAAGAUCGCUCGUCAGCACGAGAGAUUUGCCUCGACUGUCGAGUUUAGAACCUUACCUAAAGGUCUGCCGGACCCACCAGUGGACGUUCAGGUCGAGAUGGGUCCGCAGGAUGGAUCGUUACUGGUAACGUGGCUGCCAGUGACCAUCAACAGCACGGCAGGCACGAGUAACGGCGCCCCCGUGACGGGUUACGCCGUCUACGCCGACGGCAAGAAGGUUACCGAAGUGGAGAGUCCGACGGGCGACCACGCUUUGAUAGACAUGAGCAAAAUUCACGGGUUCGAGCCUCGCCACAUCACGGUGCGCACCAAGAGUCGGGAGAGCGUCUCAAGCGACUCUGUCCCUACCCCUGUGCCUGGCUCCUUUGGCCGCGGCGGUCGUGGCCGACAAAAGGAUAUGGACAUGUCGAGAUCAGGCCACAGUUCUGGGGGCGGCAUCCUAGGAAGCGGAGGCCUUCUUGGAGGAGGCGGUCUCCUCAGUGGUAGUUUACUGGGCGGUGGCAGUAACCAACAUCAACAAACUAGUCAUCAGCAACACCACCACCAACUACCUCAACCCCACCAACAACACCACAACAUCAUGCACGGCAACCAAGCUACCACAAGUGUCACCAACGCAACGAGUUCCGUGGCCCAAGCGGCCACGUCGGGCGUCAAAGGCCUCACGGCCAAACUCUUCGGCCGAAGUCCGGGCCCGGCGCCCCCCAACCCAAACGUCCGCACCGACGACCUCGGUCAGACCAUCCUGGAGCCUGACGAGAAUCUCAGCGACAAGGAAGUGUACCCACGACAGCAGCACGGGGCUAACAUUCACGGCAACAUUCCUUCCAUCGAAGUGACACGUGACGGUGUGGACAACUACCAGGACGAAUACGGCGACACAAGAAGAUUUGAUCCUCGUAACCCCAACGCUGCGCGGCAGCAGCCUGGCCCCCCUGGCCGGAGGAUGCCGCCUAAUGCCCGCGACGCUUCUUAUACCAGAGACCAAGUUGGUGGACCCAGAGGAGAUUCCCGAGACCGUCGAGAUCCUAGAGACCGCAGAGACCCUCGCUUCGACGACAAGCCAUACGGUCGAGGCCCGGGCGCGGCUGGGAGAGGCCCGGACCACGCCCGUAUUUUCGUGGCACUUUUUAACUACGAUCCGCCCACGAUGAGCCCCAACUCUAACGCCUGUGAUGAGGAGUUGGGCUUCAGGGAGGGCCAGCUCAUCCGCGUCUACGGGGACAAGGAUGCGGAUGGCUUCUAUUGGGGCGAGUGCGGGGGCCGGUCCGGAUACGUACCGUGUAACAUCGUCUCCGAAGUUCAGGUGGAUGACGACCGCGUCGCCCAGGAGCUGAUGAAGGAAACUGAUGGCGGGCCCAUGGGGCGACGCCGGCGGGAAGGUUCAUUGGGGCGCCGCGGGGCCGGGGGCCACCAAGGCGACCGCUGGGGGGACAUUUACGCCAAUAUGCCCGUCAAGAAAAUGGUCGCCAUAUACGACUAUGAUCCGCAGGAACUCUCCCCCAACGUCGACUCCGAGGUGGAGCUAUCGUUUCAAACUGGGGACAUUAUUUACGUUUACGGUGACAUGGACGAUGAUGGCUUCUACAUGGGGGAGCUGAGAGGCCAGCGCGGGCUGGUGCCCUCCAACUUCCUGCAGGAGGCACCGAACCAGGACUACCCUGACGACAUGAGGUCAGGCGACCACGCUUUGAUAGACAUGAGCAAAAUUCACGGGUUCGAGCCUCGCCACAUCACGGUGCGCACCAAGAGUCGUGAGAGCGUCUCCAGCGACUCUGUCCCUACCCCUGUACCUGGCUCCUUUGGCCGCGGCGGCCGUGGCCGACAAAAGAACGAGCAUGAGCUUCACGAUUCACGUGAGUCAGCCUCCUCCCCCAUUGAAGGAAUAGAGGAAGAAAAUUUCCUUCAAUCAGACGCCGACAGACCAAGCGAACUUUCUGACAUCGCAGAAGAAAGUGAAGUUGAUACUUCCUCUGCCGGGGAGUCUGAUGUUGCUGAGGAUAUGGACAUGUCGAGAUCAGGCCACAGUUCUGGGGGCGGCAUCCUAGGAAGCGGAGGCCUUCUUGGAGGAGGCGGUCUCCUCAGUGGUAGUUUACUGGGCGGUGGCAGUAACCAACAUCAACAAACUAGUCAUCAGCAACACCACCACCAACUACCUCAACCCCACCAACAACACCACAACAUCAUGCACGGCAACCAAGCUACCACAAGUGUCACCAACGCAACGAGUUCCGUGGCCCAAGCGGCCACGUCGGGCGUCAAAGGCCUCACGGCCAAACUCUUCGGCCGAAGUCCGGGCCCGGCGCCCCCCAACCCAAACGUCCGCACCGACGACCUCGGUCAGACCAUCCUGGAGCCUGACGAGAAUCUCAGCGACAAGGAAGUGUACCCACGACAGCAGCACGGGGCUAACAUUCACGGCAACAUUCCUUCCAUCGACCAAGUGGGUGGACCCAGAGGAGAUUCCCGAGACCGUCGAGAUCCUAGAGACCGCAGAGACCCUCGCUUCGACGACAAGCCAUACGGUCGAGGCCCGGGCGCGGCUGGGAGAGGCCCGGACCACGCCCGUAUUUUCGUGGCACUUUUUAACUACGAUCCGCCCACGAUGAGCCCCAACUCUAACGCCUGUGAUGAGGAGUUGGGCUUCAGGGAGGGCCAGCUCAUCCGCGUCUACGGGGACAAGGAUGCGGAUGGCUUCUAUUGGGGCGAGUGCGGGGGCCGGUCCGGAUACGUACCGUGUAACAUCGUCUCCGAAGUUCAGGUGGAUGACGACCGCGUCGCCCAGGAGCUGAUGAAGGAAACUGAUGGCGGGCCCAUGGGGCGACGCCGGCGGGAAGGUUCAUUGGGGCGCCGCGGGGCCGGGGGCCACCAAGGCGACCGCUGGGGGGACAUUUACGCCAAUAUGCCCGUCAAGAAAAUGGUCGCCAUAUACGACUAUGAUCCGCAGGAACUCUCCCCCAACGUCGACUCCGAGGUGGAGCUAUCGUUUCAAACUGGGGACAUUAUUUACGUUUACGGAGACAUGGACGAUGAUGGCUUCUACAUGGGGGAGCUGAGAGGCCAGCGCGGGCUGGUGCCCUCCAACUUCCUGCAGGAGGCACCGAACCAGGACUACCCUGACGACAUGAGACGGCGUGACGCGAUGGACCCCCGGGACAGAGGACGGGGCUUGGGACCAGGGGUCCACGGCCCCCCACCGCCCCCUCGGCCCGACCAGCGAGACCGCAGGAAAGACCCUACUGUAGGUAAUACCAAACUCGCCACCGACUCUACGCAGGAUACGAGGGGGGACCACCGUCCAGACCAAGGAUGGACCAAUACCAGCGACCCGCAGGGGAGAGGUGGUAGGUCGCUGUCCCGUGACAGAUCCUCAAUUGGCAGUAGGAAACUGAACGAACUCGAUCCUGGUGUUGACGGAGAACCACCACCUGCUAUAUCAUCAGCCGAUCUAGAUCAAUUAAUGCAGGAUUUUGAACUGAACGAUCCUAUGGAGGAUACUGCUGCUCCGUUGACCGGCGCCGCGGCUAACACUGCAACAAAUGGGAGACCUCAAGGUGAAAAUAAACCAGCUGGUUUAGCAGGAGCCUUGCCGGGAGGUCUGGGUGCAGGACUUUCUUCCUUGCCUAACCCAAUGGGUGACAGCAAUAUUAUGGGAAAAUUGGGAGACUUGGCCACACAAAAUCCGGUCACGGACGCCAUGUCCAAAGGAAAGUCAUUCCUUUUCAAGAAAUUUGGUCUUUGAAAUUCAAUGGCAUUUAGCAUGUUAUAUCUAAGAGUCAAAUAUUGUCUAACUAUCCUUCAUAAUACCAGAGUAACAUGUUCCCGUAUUGUGGUGUUCAUCUAUGUCCGACUUCUGAUACAGGGAAUAAAUGACCGUUUCUCUAUUAUAAUAUAGUGUCAUUCCUUGAGAUGUCCUAAAAAUGUGUUCUCAUCUGUAACCGAGUUAUAAGCUUGGUUUUUACUCCGACUUCUGUGUUCAUGAAAGCGCAUGGCAAUACAUCUGUAUGAUGGUUACCACUUUCCACGAUAUUAGCAUUAAUUUUUCCUAUUGUACAUUCUGUAAUAUAUGUAUAAUUUCCUUUUAACUUGCUCAUUCUCGUCGAAUCGUCUCGCCUUCUAUGGGUGGCUAAGUUAAAGUUAUGGUAAUACGUCUUUAAAGAAGUAUGUGAUGGUAGUUUCUAGUCUAUAAGAAAAUGAGACGUCAUUACUUCUUCCUCAGGUGUUGGCUCUAUUAAAUCAUGUAAGAAUUACUAUGUAUUGAUGGAAUAUUGUCAAUACGUGGAAGUCUGUACGUUUUUCAAUUAUAUUUCUUGACUCGGCGUUACUAUGAAUCACCUUUUAGUCGUGGUGUCAUUAUUUAAGAUAUAUUACAUAAUAAUUCUCCCUUGACAAUACACGGUAAUAUACUGAGAAAAAUCAUGAUGAUGAUCAUGUUUGUGGAGGUAGCAAUUUGUGUAUAAUGUCUUAUUUUUAUAUGCUUUCU